AUGCCACCCACCCUCCCUCCAGGACUCCAGCAAUCCUCUCUCAAGGCGCUCGUCGUUAACCUUGUCGCGCCUGCAGCCGCGGUUCUCACAGUGCAUCGAGUCUUAGCAGCUCUAGGCUUAGACUUCCACCUGCGUUUUGGCGUUGUCGUGCUCCUCGCGGUUCUCAGCGUACCCGCGACGUUUGCGGCGAGAGUCCAGCUGAACGCAUGGAGCGUGCGGCGACGCGCUCGCCGCGCAGGAGCGGUCUUGCCGCCGCGCUGGGACGGCAAGCGCAUCGGAAACUUCGAUAUCCUGGCCCACGCCCUCGAGCGAUCACAAAAUGGCUAUAUUGGAGAGGGCGUGUGGGACAGGAUCGAGGAGCUCAAUAACUUAUACGAGAUCGAUCUUGUGUGGACACCUCUUUACUUCACCGCAGACGUGAACGUAAUCAAGACCUUGCUGGCUACCGGAUUCGAACACUUCGAGAAAGGACCGACUCUGAGAGAAACGCUGGACACGCUUCUUGGAACUGGCGUCUUCAACUCAGACGGCGAAAUGUGGAAGUGGCAUCGCACAAUGACGCGGCCAUACUUUUCUCGUGACAGAAUAUCCCAUUUUGAGAUUUUUGGUCGGCACGCAGACUUCGCCAUAAAGAAAAUGCAGGACCGUUUCUGUGAGGGGCGCGCGCUCGACUUCCAGGCAUUGUCCCGCUUCACCCUCGACUCCGCAUCCGAAUUUCUCUUUGGCACCAACGUCAACAGUUUGCAAACGGACCUACCAUACGCGCACAACGAUCCGAAGGUUGCGCUCUAUGCGCGCGAGAUAUUUUCUGAGGCAUUCCUCGGAGCGCAGAACGCGAUCGUGACGCGAUUGCGUAUUGGCAGUCUGUGGCGUUUCAACGAGUUCUUCAAGGAUGCUGCCGCGGAGCACAUGCAUAUCAUCGACCAAUUCCUCAAGCCCAUCCUCGAGGCAGCGAUAAAGAAGAGGAACCAAACCAAACUGGCAGGCCUUGACGCCUCGACAGAAGAGCAGGAGGACGAGACGUUACUGGGAAACCUGGUGAAGAUUACAGAUGAUCCCAAAGUCCUCCGCGACGAGACCCUGAACAUCCUGUUGGCGGGUAGGGACACGACGGCCACCACAUUGACAUUUGUGGUGUACAUGUUGUGCCUCUAUCCCGAGGUUCUGAAGCGGCUGCGUGCGGAAAUUCUGGACCAUAUUGGACCGAACGCGAUGCCCACGUUCGAUGACAUCAGAACUAUGAAGUAUCUCCGUGCUGUACUGAAUGAGACCUUGCGGUUGUUCCCUCCUGUACCGUUGAACAUUCGUGUGGCCAACCAAGACACGACUGUCCCUAACCCCAACUCGAACAAGCCACCUAUUUUUGUUCCUAAAGGUGUUGGUGUCGCAUACUCAGUUCUGCACAUGCACCGCCGCGAGGACCUGUGGGGUCCGGAUGCGUUGGAGUUCGACCCCGACCGCUUCCUGGACGAUCGUCUCAACAAAUACUUCACCAAGAACCCCAUGAUCUUCCUUCCGUUCAAUGCGGGGCCGCGCAUCUGCCUCGGUCAACAGUUCGCGUACAACGAGUCCUCGUUCUUUCUCAUCCGCCUGCUCCAGAGUUUCUCGGACAUGGAGCUGGACCUCGCGGCACAGCCACCCAGUGCCUUCCCACCGGCUGAGUGGGCGCACUGUGAGGGCCAGAAAGGCCGAGAGAAAGUGAGGGCAAAGGCGCAUCUCACGACGUACGUCGAGGGUGGUCUCUGGGUCAAGAUGUCAGAGCGCGACUUAACGUGUAACGUAUGA